CGAUCGCCAGCAUUGAUAGCGAGCGCGACAAACGAAAAUCGAGGAAAUUCGCGAAAACGAACAACGAAGCAACAAACCAAACCAAACUAAACUAAACUAAACUAACUUAAGCUAAACAAAUUUCUUUAAGGGAAUAAUACAAUAAAUACAAAACGAAAACAAAAUGCACAACAACUAAGCGAAAGACGCGCGCUAUAAUAAAUACUUAUAUAUAUAUAAAAUAGAAAACAAAAGAAAACUAAACGGGAAAGAUUAAACAACGCCCACGCCUACACACAAAACAACUCGAACACGUAGCCACUAAGCCGACAACAACACUCAACACACACACACACAGGGAGACAGAGGCAGAGGAAGAGGCAGCCACAACAUGGAACGUCGUCAAACGUUAGACUCAUCGAUGUCUUCACUGUACUCGGCCAGCUCCUCGAAUCGCCAGCUCCAGCUACAGCCACAGUCGCAGUCGCACUCGCACUCGCAGUCACAGUCGCAGCUAGACGCCUUCAAUUAUUCAGCAACAAUGUCAUCAUCGUCGCCAACGCCGAGCCAGGCCACGACGUCCUCCUCGCUGCGUGCCACCACAAUUGGCACCGUUGUCGUACGCUGUGGACCCAUACAGCUGGUGAUAGCGCUCUUGCAAAGUCCCGAAAAGAUUUACAUCAAGGUUGUCGAGCUGGAGCCAAAGAUCACGGCGCUCGGCGACAAUCUGGAUGAGUCGCUGCACAUGCAAAGAGAGCACGAUGAGACGCUGCGCAAUCUACAGAACCUGCCUGGGCCCAUGGACGAGUUCGUGCAGAAGGCCGACAAAUUGCUGGCCAGCAAACGCAUCAGCUCGGAGCUAGUCAAUGCCAUGGCCGACACACUGAACAUCAUCUGGCAGGAUAUACUGAAUCUGCUGCAGGAUCGCCAGCACAUUCUGCACCUGUGCACACAGUUCCACGACAAGAUGACGCAGUGCUUCAUGCGCAUGGAUCAGCUGGAGGGGGCCUGCCACGAGGCAGCGCUGCCCGCUGAGGUGGCUGGCGUCCAGGAGUUCCUCAACAAAUUCAAGCAGCUGCGCAUCGACAUGCUAACCGGCGUCAUGGCGGCGCUGAAGGAUGGCAACGAGCUGCUGGCCCAGCUGCAGGAGCUGGAGAAGCUCGAGACGCUGGACACACGACCCGAGCACAUCAAGCGGGAUGCAACUCGUGCCGUGCAUCAGGUGCAGCAGUGGCUGGAGGCGCUGCACGAUCGUCGCAACUCCCUGGAGCUGGCCUGGCAGACGCGCAAGACCCAGCUGGAGCAGUGCCUGGCCCUGAAGCUGCUGGGCCGAGAGCUGCUCGAGCUGGAGUCGGCCCUGCAGCAGGCUAAGCACGAGCUGAACACCAUGUACAGUCUGGGCGAGUGCGAGCACACGGCCAACCAGACGCUGCUCAAGUACCGGGAGUGGAAGCAGCAGGCCUUGCUCCUGCGGGAUCGAGCGCUCAAGAUCACCCGCGCCAAGGAGAAGGUCCAGGCGCCGGGCUACUUUGCUGGCGACGAGGAUUGCGCUCGCGCCUACGCCGUGCUGAGCAUCUGCACGGAGCACCUGGAUCUGGUGGAUCAGCGCGAGCAUUGGCUCCAGCAGUCGCGCGACUUCUUUGCCAAGGCGGAGCACACGCUCAGCGUGCUGGAGAAGCUCGAGCUGGAGCUGGCCAGCGUCAAGCUGCCGCCCAACUCGCCCGAGAGCUAUGCCAUGUUCGCCAAGGUAUCCCGCGACGUUCGCACCUUCACCGAGGAGCCACUGCGUCUGGGCUAUGGCAUCCUGGACGAGGUGGGCCGCACGCAGCCCGAGACACAGGGCAUCAAGCGCGUGCUGGACGAGCUGGAGAACCGCAAGGCGUACGUCGAGGGCAUCUGCGCGAACAGCAGCGAGGAUCAUCAGCGCGUGCAGCGCGCUCUGAACGAAUUCCUGGCGCAGCACAACGAGCUGCUCGCCUGGCUGCGCGCCUCCGGCCAGCUGCAGCUGCAGCAGAGCGUCAACAUGGGUCGCAAUCUGCAUCAGGCCAAACAGUUUCUGCUGCAGCAUCACGAGCUAAUGCAGGAUCUGGAGAUCAAGGGCGAGCUGAUUAAUCUGCUGCUGGAGUCCAUCAAGCAGCACCUGGAGUCGCUCAGCCCGCAGCAGCGCUUCGACGUGGACUCGAAGGCCGAGGCACUGCACAAGCACUGGAUUGAGCUGAAGGAUCUGGUGCUGAAGCGCGUCGACUACGUCUCCCUGCUCAUCGAGUUCUUCGAGCAGGCCAACGAGCUCUCCAGUCAGCUGGACCAUCUGCAGCGYCAGCUGCUGCAAACCCCCGACGAGCACAAGCUGCAGUUCCUACAGGCCACCUGGGCCAACAUCGCCGCCAGCUACGCGGAACUCAAGUCGGCCGGCCAGCGAUUCGUCAACCUAAAAUUUCCCUCGCCUCUUCUUCCAUUUCGCCAGCUGCUCGAGAAGCGCAUCGAGAAGUUCACGGAGAGCACGCGGCAGCAGCUGCUCAUUAGCAAUCCCGAGAGCGAAUCGUAUGUGAAGGACGAGCUGCGCAAGCUCAACGACAAAUGGCAAAGCUUCAAGGAUCAAGUAAGGCAGAAACGAAAGAGCCUCAAUCAGGCCAACGACUUCUUCGAGGUGGUCGAGAAGAUCGAUGCCGAGUACCGGGAGAUCAGCUACUUCUAUAAUAGCGUCUCCAACAAGGUGCCCUACUUGCGCGACGCCGUCGAGGCCUCGAAUCUGGUGAAUGACAUUGAGAAGUAUGUGACCAGUCGAGAGCCGGCGCUGCGUGCCAAGCUGGACAGCGCUGCGCAGUGCGCGCACGAUAUGAACAAGGUGUCGACGCUCUACAACGACGUGAUGAACAUCUUCCAGUCGUUCAUCAAGCUGAAGACGGACAUCAAUACCGUGCAGGAGCGCCUCAAGCAGGAGCAGCGUCAGCGCGAGCAGCGGGAGCAGGAGGCACGCGAUCAGGCCGAGCGCGAGAAAGCGAUUCGUGAGGCAGAGGCCAGAGAGCGUUUGGCGCGCGAGGAGCAGGCGCGCCUGGAGGCGCAACGUCAGCAGGCGGCCAUUGAGCAGGCGCAGCGCGAGCUGGCGGCUAGGCAACUGUCGCUGCGCGAGCAGGCGGUGCGCGAGGAGGAGGCACGACUGCAGGCAGUGCGUGAGCAGGCGGCCAGGGAGCAGCUGGCCAGGGAGCAGGCAGCGCGCGAGGAGGAGCAGCGCAUCCAAACGCUGCGCGAGAUAGCCAAGCGGGAGGAGGAGCUGCGCUUGCAGGCGCUGCGCGAUGAGGAGGCGCGCUUGCAUAACAAGCGCGAGGAGGAGUUGAGAGUGAAGCGCGAGGAGGAGAUACGGCUGCGGCGCGAAGAGGAGUCCAGGCUGCAGCGCGAGGAGGAGGCCAGGCAGAAGCGAGAGAACGAGUCGCGCAUUCAGCGAGAGGAGAUCACGCGGCUGCAGACGCUACGAGAUCAGGUCGACCAGCAGCGCAUCGUGACGGAGAACAUACGCAAGGAUAUUCAGGUGAACCAGAUCUUCACGGAGCUGCGCUACGCCUCGCCGCUGUUCGUGCGCCCGCUGAAGGAUGCGCUGGCCCGCGAGGGCGAGCGCUUCGUCUUCGARUGCGAGGUCACGGGCACRCCGGAGCCGAGCGUCGAGUGGUUCAAGGACGGCAUCAGCAUUCAGAGCAAUGCGGACUACAAGACCAGCUUCGACAAGGGCAUCUGCCGUCUGGUCAUCGAGGAGACCUUUGCCGCGGACACGGCUCGCUUCAGCUGCCGCGCCUCCAACCUGGUGGGCACCUGCGACACCAAUGCCACGCUGACGGUGCGCGAGAAUGCCGCCGAGCUGCAGCUGGUGCCGCCGCGCAUCCUGCGCUUCCUGGAGAGCGGCAAGGCCACCGAGGGCACCGCCUUCCAGUUCUCCUGCGUGGUCAGUGGCGUCCCUCUGCCCACCGUGCAGUGGUUCAAGAACGACAAGUGCAUCGACGACUCGCCGGACUACGUGAUCAGCUACAACAAUGGCGAGGCCACGUUGCGGUUCGACGAGGUGUUCCUCGAGGACGACGCCGUCUACACCUGUAGCGCCUCGAAUCCCGCCGGAAUCGAGCACUGCUCGGCCAGUUUGAUCGUAGAACCACUCGAACCCACUGAGCUGCCCUGCUUCAAGAUGCCGCUGCAGAACGCCAUGGCGCGUGUUGGACAGAAGAUCAAGAUGGAGGCCUUGGUCACUGGCAUACCGCAGCCCGAAAUCUGCUGGCUCCACAAUGGCAAACCAUUUCAGCCACGCGACUCAAAAUACGAAAACGGACGCGUUACGCUCACAAUACCGCAAGCCUAUCCAAACGACGCCGGAUCCUACGUAUUGAGUGCUAAGAACUUGGCUGGCGAAGCUUACAGCAGUUGCAACAUUAUUGUCAAGGGUCGUCUGCCGAACGAGACGUCCGAUUCAGAGAUGGCUAGCGAUAUCGAGCCCAUCCGUCCGGCGGUGCAUAUUCCACUGAAGGACGUCUUCAUAUUCGAGGGCAAGCCAGUGCGCCUGGACUGCGUGAUCGUGGGUCAGCCCGAGCCGGAGGUCAUUUGGUAUCACAACGAGCGACCCGUCAAGGAGUCGGCGGAUGUGCAGCUCCUGUUCCAGGGCGAUCGCUGCUCGCUCUUCAUACAGGAGGUGUGCCAAGAGGAUGGCGGCAGCUACAAGGUGGUUGCCAUCAACUCAGCGGGCGAGGCCUCGAGCAGCUGUGAACUGAAGGUGACAUCACUGAACACGUCGGACUCAGCGACGCGAGUGCAAGACGAUCGUCAGUCCUUGCCCAGGGAGUCGCAGCCCAAGUUCGAGCGCCUGCUCUCGGAUGUGCUCGCCGAUGAGGGCGAGCAGGUGGUGCUGGAGGUGCACGUCAACGGCGACCAGCCAUUGCGUGCUCAGUGGUAUCUGACCAACAAGGAGCUGCAGCUGAACGAGCGCGUCACCACCCAAUCCGAUGCCGAGGCUGGCAUAUUCAAGCUAAUUCUGAAGAAUGUGGAUGCCAGCGACAAAGGCGUCUACACGGUCAAGGUCUCGAACAAYGCGGGCGAUGCCAAGUGUUUCUCGCAUCUCAUUGUCAAGUCCGUGAAUGCCCCCGAGAACCGUCGCGGCAGUCAAUCAUCCGUGGAGAUCGUCGAGCGACAGCUGUGCCCCGAGUUCAAAGAGCUCUUCAGCGACAAGCAGGCCCACAUCGACGACGUGGUCAAGUUCGAGUGCAUUGUGGUGGGCAAGCCAACGCCCAAGGUGCAUUGGUUUUUCAACGACCAGCCGGUGCACGGCCACAACUUCCUCGUCUCCACCAGCGGCGAUCGUCAGGUGCUGACCAUUCAGCAGCUAACGCACGACGCCGUUGGCAAGAUCAGCUGCACGGCCGAGAAUGACGCAGGCAAAGCCACUUGUGUGGCCUUCCUGAAUAUCAUUGGCAGCAGCCCAGUGCCCGCCUCCAGCAACUUGCAGACCAUGACACAGGAGCACAACACCGAAUCGUCCCGGGUGACCAUCAAGAAGCAGACCUUCACCACCACCUCCACAUCGCAGGUGAACUCRUAUGAGGGCAACGUGCCGCAGACGGAGGUGCAUCACUCGUCGGCCCACAUUGAUCAGUCGCUCAAGCAGCUGGGACAACAGCGGCCAGAGAUCGUGGAGAGCCAUCACUACCAGGAGCUGCACAAGAGCAAAGAGAUGAGCAGUCCCUCGGUGCAGCARAAGUCCUUCACRCUCGUUCAGUCCACCAAUGGCGGCGCUGCUGCUCCGGCCAUCGGCAUGCCCGAAUCGCCAACAAGAUUGCGCAAGGAGAUAGCRCCACGUUUCACCACUCCCCURACRGGCAAGAUUGUGGACCAGGGCGCCAAUGUGAGYAUGGAGGCCAUCUACGAUGGCUAUCCCUCGCCCGAGAUCAAGGUGGAGAAGAAUGGCGAUCAACUGUUCGAUAAUGCGCACACCAAGAUAUCCAACAAACACAAUCGCGUGACUAUUGAGCUGAAGGAGGUGGGCGUGGCCGAUGCGGGACGCUAUGCGGUGACAGCAUCYAAUACGGUGGGUCAGUCAACAAGCACAGCGGAUCUGGUGGUGAAAAAGACCAUCUUUCCGCCAGUCUUCGGCCGUCGCUUGCAGGCGCAGGUUAGCAAGAAGGGCGAGCGAUUGAUUAUGGAAGUGGAAGUAACUGGCCUGCCAGAGCCCACUGUCACCUGGCUAAAGGACGACAAGCCACUCAAGGAUGCUGGCAUCUCUGAGCACCGCCUGCUUGCCCAGGGCAACUCGUACAAGCUGAUCAUCGAGAAAGCACAAACAACGGACUCUGGCAAGUAUAUGGUCAGAGCCACGAAUGCUGGCGGCGAGGCCAAGAGCAUUGCGGACUGCGCCAUCUUGGAGCCGUCGCCGGAACGCAUGCAGGAGGUGGUCAAGACCAUCGUCUACGAGGCGCCGGCCAGUGAAUUCAAAACUGAAAACCAGAGCCACUUCAACAAAGAGCCCCAAUCAUAUCAGACCAAUCAAACCGAUGCAACCACAGCCAACGAUCUGCAUGGCCUGUCCGAGUCGAAAGUUAUCACUGAGCAUCGUUGCACCACCGAGGCAACGAUGCGUCUAGAGCACAAAUCGACAUAUAAUGACCUGCCCGAGUUGAGUCUGCGACCAAAGACACCAACCACCUCCACCACCACCAACACCACCACCACUGACACCACUACCAACAACACUGCCAGCAUGGACCAGACCGAUACACAGACCAGUUAUAAGACUGGCGUCACACAAACCCCGCCACCCGUGCCACCCAAGCCCUGUCCGCCCGUUGUGGGCACGGCUUUUGGCCAGCCGGCGCAGGCGCAGGCGCAGCCACAACCACAACAACCRCCGCAGAUGCAGACGCAAAUCAACACCAGAUACGAGAGCAGCAGCAACGAGCACAAAAUGUCUUCGUCCUUCGAGUACUUCAAGAAGAUCGAUGAGGAAACCUUCGCCCACAAGCGCUACAGCCUGCCCAGCUGCCACAGCCUCGACAUUCAUCUAGAUCGCCUGCAUGCGCAGGCGCCGCGCCUGCCGCCCGAUCAGCUAGUGCGCACAGUGCCGGAACUGCCCAAUACGGAGCCCGUCAAUGCCCAUUUGAAUCGCGAUGAACAGGCACAAAGGCCGCCAUUAUUCAUAACGCCCCUGAAAGAUAUAGCAGUGGGCGUGGGCGGCACGGCACGUUUCGAGUGCAUUGUGCAGGCGCAUCCGCAGCCGCAGGUCAACUGGACGCACAACGGCGGCCAUUUGGAGCAGGGCAGCCGGCAUAUCAUUGAGUACCGGAACGGUGUGUGCCGCCUAACACUGCCGCAGGCCUAUCCGGACGACAACGGGAGCUACGUUUGCAGCGCCAGCAAUGCGUUGGGUGCGGCCAGCACCAGCGGAACUCUGACCGUUUCGAGCACAAAUCGCGGAUUUAGAUACUAAGAUAAACAUUUAAAUGAGAGAUUUAUUACUUUAUACAUAUAUAUUUAUUUAUGAUUUGUUCAUGCCAAAGUUUUACAUUUUAUUGUGUGUGCGUGUCCCUAAUUUUGUUACUUGAUUUCGAGUCCUGCGAUCGAAUGGAUCCCAAUUUAUAGCCCCCCAGUGCAGUCAUGCCGAGGGUGCAUAGUAUUACUUGUGUUUUUGUCGAAAAUUCAAAUAAAUCAA